CCUUUGAAAAGUGUGCCCUGUCGAUACAGUCUGGCUACGCAUUCGUGUGGUAGUCCCAAAAAGUAUUAGUUGUGUCCUGGCUAACUGAAAAGUUGAAAAAAAAACCCUACAAAAUUUAUUUUCCACCGAACAAACAAUUUUUGUGUGUGGUUAACGAUCAGGUUCAGGUCAGAAGAGAGGACAUCAACGAGCUUGUGUUAUGGCUUCGUGUCCCUUUCUAAAGUACAUUAUGGGGCAGACUCUGUCGGAGCCGGUGACCACCAAGAACACGGCCGAGUGCGAGAACGGUGCCUACCGCGUGGGCUCCAGCAGCAUGCAGGGCUGGCGCAUCGAAAUGGAGGAUGCCCACACCCACAUCCUCUCGCUGCCAGAGGAUCCCACAGCAGCGUUCUUCGGAGUCUACGAUGGACACGGUGGCGCCGGUGUGGCCAAAUUUGCGGGCUUGCAUCUGCAUCAGUUCAUUACCAAGCGGCAGGAGUACUUUGACAACAACGUGGAGGUGGCCCUGAAGCGUGGCUUCCUCGACUUCGACAAGGAGAUACUGCAGAAUGGAUCCUGGCAACAGAAGACAGCCGGCUCCACUGCCGUGGUGGUGCUGAUCAAGGAUCAGCGUCUCUACUGCGCCAAUGCUGGGGACUCUCGGGCCAUUGCCUGCGUUGGGGGCAAGGUGCGCGCACUCUCCGUGGACCACAAGCCCCAAGACGAGGCGGAGAGCAGCCGCAUCCUGGCCGGUGGCGGUUUCGUCGAGCUCAAUCGCGUCAAUGGCAGUCUGGCCCUCUCCCGGGCCCUUGGCGACUUUAUGUACAAGCGGAACCUCUAUAUGCGGCCGGAGGAGCAGGUCGUCACCGCCUAUCCCGACGUGGAAGUGGCGGAUCUUACAGAGGACUGGGAGUUUGUGGUCCUCGCAUGCGAUGGCAUCUGGGAUGUGAUGUCCAAUCAGGAGGUGGCUGACUUUGUGCGCACGCGCAUCGGCUCGGGCAUGUCUCCGGAGUGCAUUUGCGAGGAGCUGUUGAACAGCUGCCUGGCAACCGACUCAAACGUGACCGGCCUAGGAGGCGACAACAUGACCGCCAUACUGGUCUGCUUUCUAAACGACAAAAAAUACGAGGACCUGGUGGCACGCUGCGGCGACACCAAGCAACACGUUGAUGGUGUGGGCGACAUCAAUAAGAGCCCCACCGUUAUGGGCACUUCCAGAUCCCUAUUGGAUGACAUCUAAUCACUCAAAAUGAGGUUUGUUUUUGGGGCUAUGACAACUGACACACACACACACACACACACAAGGGCUGGGCUGGCAUAUACGAUGCGUAGGGUACACGGGAUCUUACACCUAGAGCACACACUGCUCACUGCACACGGCUAUUCAAAAUUCUGCAGUUUCGUUAAUUUAAUAAUUUAAUAAACAGUUCAGCUCUAUGCUUAGAAAUCCACUGUCCAAAACGAACCAGAAAUCACCCACAAGAAUUAGCGCUAGGGUAUUUGGUGGCAUAUACGAGACACAUGAUACUCACGAUCAUACACGGACAAAGCCAUUCAAUCCGCACUCAACACAUUGAUUUUAUUCCAAAUUUGGCAGUUGCUUUGUUAAUAAUUAAAUACACAUCAAAUGAAAGGAUCAACUUUAGCCUUGGAAAACAAGUCAACUCUCAAACACAUUGCCAGAUUAUUGCCAAAAUUCAGCCACAGCAAUACAGACCAAAGGCCAUUCAAUCCGCUUUCAACCAAAAUUGUUUAGUUCCUUCGUUAAA